UGGGUAACCAAAAACAAUAGACCAUAUAUAAAACAUCAUAUAUAUGUUCAGUAUCCAAAUAUCCCUCUGAGUCUCUUACAUAAACAUCAGUCCCAACGAAUCAUUUAGAAAAAAAACCCUCUUUGAGAAAAAUAAUCCAAAACAAUGUACUCUUCAUCGUCUGUAUCAAAACGCCUCCUUUUGAUCCAUGUCUUGGCCAUACAACUUCUCCUUAUAAGCAGUGAAUUGUCUUUAAACACGACCAAUGCGUAUCUCAACCACAAAUGCUUGGUUAGUCAAGGAAAAUACAAGCCGGGAAGCGAUUACGAGAAACUUUUUAGAAAAAUCAUACAAAUGUUCUAUAAAGGCAGUAUCGAGAAAACAGGUUACGAUCUGCUCGGCUCUGAUACAUUAUCCGCUAUCCUUCAGUGCCGUGGCGACUCCUAUGGCCCCAAGUGCCGCGACUGCUUUGUCACCUCCCUCGCUGUGCUUCGUAGGAAAUGUCCGUGGUCCAAGGGGAGAAUAAUAUGGUAUGAUGAAUGUCUUCUCGCGAUUUCGGCCACCUAUGCUACUGGAAAGAUCGAUUACGACAAUAUCUUUUGUAUGUCCAACGCGAAGAAGUUGGGAGAUAAGCUCGGGUUUGGAGAUGUUUGGAAUAAUCUCAUGGACAAUCUGACGACUUUAGCCAUCAGUCGUGUUAAUUAUACUGAGCCAACAGCAUUGUACUCUGUGGGGGAGACGCGGUUCAAGGGUGAUACAGUUUAUGGAAUGGUGCAGUGUACGAAAGACUUGUCACCAGAAGCUUGUGAAGAGUGUUUGGUUUUUAAUAGCUUGCAUUUUCAAGAUUGCUUGAAUGAUAAACGAGGAGCGAGAUUUGUGGGUCCGAGCUGUACUUUUAGGUUUGAGUUUUAUCCUUUUAUUGCCGUUCGAAAUUUUAAAGAGCUAAAUAAAUAAUGAAAAAAUUGCUAAAAUAGAACAAAAAAAAAUAACUAUAUUUGUCCCUUUGACAAUUAACUUGUCCUCUCUUAUUGUAAUAUUUCUUGUUAAUCGAAUUAAGCCCCUCUA